AUGGACCCAGCUUGCUCGCAAGACCAGCUCCGUGUGAAGAACGACGACAUCCAGAGUCUCAGUCGAUGCAAAAAAGGAAUCUGUGGGGCAUUUCUUCCUACACCGCAUGUACAUCAGUGCUACGUCAUGUCGACACAUGUUUGGGCGGAUUCGCGCUUUAAAUUUAUGCAGUAUGCAUGCCUCGCCAUUCGCAAACCUUUCAUCUGGAACAAACAACGCACAAGCUCGCCUGACGAGUCCAGGUCUACUAUCGACACAGUGUAUAUCUCCGGCUUUCGGUAA